AUGUCAGCUCAGGAGCUCGUGGCCUGCCUCUGCAGAGAGGGGGACAAGCACCUGGCCCUGGGGGAGCUGCCCUUAGCCACAGCCUUCUACCUGGCUGCCUUCAGCUGCCAUGCCCCUUCAGCCAUGCGGCACAUGCGGACUGUCCUGGCUGAGGACCCAGGGGCACCUGUGGUGGCCACACUGGAGGCCUGGUGUCGUGGGGACAGUCAGAUCCCUGACAUCCACUGGGACGGCAUGGCGGUGGUCUCCCUGACUGGGCCACUAGCCUCUGCCUUCCUCGGUGCCAUUUACCCCAACCACCCUGCCACUGUCCUGUACCUUUUAGCCGGCCUGCUGGCUCAUGGGCGCCAUGCGGAAGUGGUACAGCGCUGCAAUGCCCUGUUGGAUGCACACUCCCAGCAGACCCUGGAGCUACAGCUGACCCGUGCCCUGGCCUGGAUCCUGUCUGUGGAGCAGGCCAGUGAGGGCAUAGCUGCCUAUCUUCAGACCUUUGCCUCCAGUGCAGAACGGACAGUGGCCUUCAUCCAUAGCCACCAGCAGCCCUACCUCCCCACACUACUUGGCACCCUCCAGAAGUACCUCUCAGGACAGCUGAAGGCCACAGGGAGCACUGGCCUACAGGAGACCAACUGCCGGGCACUCCUGGAGGCCCUGGACCCCAGGGGCAGAUGGGUGGAUGCCAUGUCACCUAAAGAUCUGCUUCAUAGCGGCAGAUUUGAGAACUGUCUGGCAGCGUGCAGCCGGGACCUUCAGCCUGACUCAACAGGGAGCAGACCCCAAGGUGAGCAUCUGGCGGCCCUGCUGGUCACCCGCGCAGCCGCGGCCUUCUUCCUGGAUGGCCAAGCAGGGGACGCACUGCUGGACCUACAGGAUGCCUUCCGUGAGAGUCCCGCCGGGGCACGGAGGCACUUCCAGGCUCUGCUGUCCGCCGAGGACCGCGAACGCUUGCAAGCUCGGGCGCAGGAGGCUGCGGACGUGGGCUUCGCCCGCUUCCUGGAGGCUGUGCGAAGCCGCCCAGAGCUGCGAGAGGACGCGGACCGUGAGCUCUUGGUUCCCGUGACUCGAGCGCUCCACGUCCUGUUCCGCGUGGCGCCCGCCCGAAGGCGAUCCGCGCUAGGGAUCCGCCUGGCCGAGUGCCUGCUGCUGUCCGGGGACGUAGCUGGGGCUCGGACGCAGUGUGAGCGCCUCCUGAGGCCCAGGCGUCCCGGGGAGCGCGUAGGAGACCUCGCGCCGCUGGUGGCGCUGCGCGGCUUCUGCGCGCUGCACGCAGGCGAUGCGCGGCGGGCGCGCGAAGACUUCCAGGCGGUGGUAGAGCGCGGGGCGCCGAAUGCGGGAGGCUGCGUGCGCGCGCUGUGCGGCCGAGGGCUGCUGCGGGUGCUCGAGGGCAGAGCCUUCCUGGGCGCGCUGGACUAUGUCACUGCCUGCCGGCUUUGGCCAGAGGAGGUGCUGUUAGUCGCCAAAGCCUACGUGCCCUGGAACCAGCGAGGGCUGCUGCUGACAGUGCUGCGGGAGGAGGGUCGCAGGAUGCUGCUGCGCUCGCCGGGCUACGUGAGGAAAGCUGCGCAGGGGGCCGGCCCAGUCUCACAAGCGCAGGAAGGGGAUGCCUGUGGUGUGUACCAGCUGGCCAUGCUGCUAAUGGAGCUGGAUGCGGAGGAUGAGACUUCCUGCCUCUUGGUGGCUGAUGCCCUGUACCUCUUGGGCCGCCUGGAUGAUGCUCACAAAUCCCUGCUGGGUGCCUUGUCCCAGAGGCCCCAGGCAGCCCCUGUGCUGGUGCGGCUGGCCCUGCUUCAGCUGAGGAGGGGCUUCUGCUAUGAUGCCAACCAGCUGGUGAAGAAGGUGGCCCGGUCUGGAGACACCACCUGUCUCCAGCACACCCUGGACAUCUUCCACCAUGAAGACCUGCAGUUGCUGCAAAACCACUGCCACACACGGGCGUUAAGCAUUCUACGGGCCCGGCCAGAUGGGCCAGACAGCGAGGCCCACACCAGGGAAGCCAUCGCCUACCUCUCUCUGGCCAUCUUUGCUGCAGGUAGUCAGGCCAGUGAGUCCCUCCUCACCCGAGCCCGCUGUUACGGGCUCCUGGGUCAGAAGAAGACCGCCAUGUUUGACUUCAACUCCUUGCUUCGGGAGGAACCAAGGAACGUGCAAGCUCUGUGUGGGCGAGCCCUCGUGCAUCUGGCUCUGGACCAGCUUCAGGAAGCUGUGGAUGACAUGGUUUCUGCCCUGAAGCUUGACCCAGGCACUGUGAUCUCUGAGAUCCACUCCCUGAAGCCAGAAGUUCAGUUGCCCCUCACCCAGGGCCUCCAUACCCGCUGCCAGGGCCUCCUAAACCAGUGGCUGGAUGCUGGAAGUCCCUGCAGAGGGGAGGACACCCAGAGCCUCCUUGCCAUCGGGGAGGCACUGAUUAGAAUUGAUGCUGCACAGCCCAGUUGGCACCUGCUUCUCACAGACAUCUUCACAAGACUGGGCAAGUAUCAGGAGGCUGGCACCCACUUGCAAGAAGCCCUCCACCUCACCCCAUCAUCAGAGGCUGCCCAAGCCCGGCGAGGCCUGCUCCAGCUUAAAAGGGGAGAUGCAUCAACUGCUGCCCAUGAUUUGCAAUGCCUGGCAGAGAUAGACACUCAGGACCUUAGCUUCCUGCUGUGUCUCCUUGAACCCCCAGAGCAGCAGAGUCUCACCCAGGCCGCUGCCAAGGAAGCAAGCAACCUCUUGGAAUUAGGACAGCCCGGGCGGGCACUGGGUUACUGUUCUUUAGCAGUCCUGGCUGGUGGCAGCAGUCCUUAUCACCUGCGUCUCCGAAUGACCUGCUUGACCCAGCUGCAGGAAUAUGACCGGGCACUCAGGGACCUGGACCAUGUGCUGCAAGAGGGUGCAGGGAACAGUGACCUCCCAAGGCAGACAGAAGAUUUCUGCUCCCGGGGUCGCCUGCUGCUGAGUCUGGGAGAUAAGGAGGGAGCUGCCGAGGCCUUCACCCAGGCCUUAGCCCUGUCACCAGCUCAAGCUCAAAGCAGCCUGUCAGAGCAACCAGGCCAGGCCCCCACAGCCAAUGUGUUCCUGAUCCAUGGGCAGCGCUGUCUAGAGAAGCAGCACUAUGAGGAAGCCUGGACAGCGGCCCAGAAUGGCCUCCUGGUGGACCCCAGCCACAGUGGGCUGAAGAGGCUGAAGGCAAGGACUCGCAAGGAGGGGUCCUCUGGCUGCAGACUACACUGACCAGUAGCUAACCCACCUGACUGCCCCACCAGCACCUAACUUUUCAUCUAGGGUGCAUCUGACUCCCCGGAUCCAAGAGCUGCAGUCUCCACUGGCCACCCUUCCCUGACCUUUGCUAUAGGACUAGCAUAUAGAUAGGAGCUUAUGCAGAACAGCUGUGCUGGCUGGCUCACAGUCCCACUGAAGUGGGCAGACUUGGCGCUCUGCUCACACCUGGCCUUGGAGCAGCCAAAGGCAAGAUCAGGGCUGGCACCUGACAGUCUUGGGGGAGAUGUGCUGUCCCAGAGAGCCCUCCCUGGGAAGGAAGCUGCUUAGACCGGGCCUAGACUGCCUCCUGCAUCAACUUUCCCCAAGGUCCAGAUUCCUAGAUGCAUUUGUGGAACUGGCUUUGCCAGGGCAUUUACCAGGGAACUCCAUGCCCAUGCCAUCCAGCAAAGCCCAGGCAGCCCCUUUCCUCCACCUGAAUCCUCUGAAGGUUGAGAGACCCCAGGUUUCCACUUGGCCUGGGCCUGUCCAAGUUGUCAGCAUGUGAUUUGGUCCUUCUGAGCUGCAAUAGCAAUUUCCUUAUGUGGGCAAACUUCCCAUCCAGUCUUGCUCCCUGUCAUAGGCUCCAGCCAAUCACCAUCACUACCUCCAUCACCAAAGCUGUCACAGAGACCAGGCUGGAGUGCUUCAUUCACCCAUUACAGUGGACAGGAUUGCUUGGCACUAAGUCCCACAAACCCCUUCCCAAGUUCUCCUGUGAGGGUGAGGGCAGUGUGUCUGAAUUCUGAGCACUUCCCUUUGCCAUAGUCUGCUCUCUCUGCCCCUUCCUGCUGUGGUGUUUAGCCCCAUAGAAACCAGCUGCCUCACCUCCAAGACAGACCAUCUCCCAGGCUCAGAUGCACAUGAUUCCUGACCCUGCCCAUCCCCAGGCAGGGAGGAAGUAACUGGGGGGUGGGGGGGGAGGAGUUAGCAGCCCUUCCUAGGAAGGCCUCACUUACCUUGUCAUCCCUCUGUGGUGUGAGAGCCCUCCUCCUGGCUGCUAUAGUACCUGAGACCUGCCAAGCUCUGCCUCAAAGGGUCAGUGCAUCCACAGAGGACCAGGAAGAGCAGGAAGCCUAGAAAGAAAGAACCAGGAGCCUAUAGCACCUGGUUCCUGCCCUCCUUCCCCCCCACACCCUCUAGGAUAGCCUGAUGCACCACCCUCCAGGUUGCCCUCCACCUGCCACAUGUCCAUCUCUCCACCUCUGCGUUCCUUCCACUGCAGACACUUGCCAACACGCAGUGGGACCAAGGUCAAGGCCACGGAAUCCUGGUGGCUUAGGGUGGGUUAGCGUGGAGGUGGCAGGCAGGUGUCACCUGGGCAUGCCCUCCCCACCCUGUGCCUUUUAUUCCUGCUGUCCUUCAACCUGAGGUGUCUUGUCACAUUCAUCUACUCAAGGACAUCUCAGUCCUUGUCAUUCUAAGCAUGAAGACACUGAAAUCUGACAGUGGUCUGCCCAGGCCUCUCCUUCUCCAGCCACAAGGGGCAUCGCCCGGCACCUCAUGGUUCAUCUCACAGGAUCUUGGUGCAUGCACACAAACACACACACACUACUGCUUAUCUGGCACCUUGCUAUGGUCUAAAUGUGUUCCCAGAAUUCAUUUGUUCAGAUCCAACUACCAAUGAGAUGGUGCCACGGUGUGGGGUCUUUCGGGUGUGGAGGGAGUGGCUUCAUAAGACACUUAAGCCCACCCAUGUAUGAGGAUAGUGUGGGAAGGUGCCACAUGUGAACAAGGGUUCAGGCCUGCCCCACAUGCCCACCAGUACCCAGCCUUGGACUUCCACUGCCAUGAUAAAUAAAUCUCACUCGACAAGGUUCCCAGCCAGUAAAAUCUUUGUCAUAGCAGCUGAGUGAACUGAAAUAGUGUCUCCUCCCUACCACCUCUGCCCUGACCACAGACCUCUGGUCCCUGAAGAUGGAGGUGAAUCUUCACUGGCCAAGCCCCCUCAGCCCACAUGUGGUCUCAUGAAACAGUUCCAGGCUAUAUUAGGCACUGCAGCAGUCUGAAGAUCUUAGUGGGAGUUUCUAGAAGCUGUGUGUGCACCCUAGCAAGGGUGUAUGCUACCAGCCAUUUACAGGGCUACAUAGGCCCCCCACCAUCCUGGAGCUCAAACUCUGCAGAUCCAUCUACCUACUUGCAACCCCCAAACUCCUACCCACAAUCUCCCAGCUCCUUUCUCCAUGCUUGGCUGGAAGGAAAGAACCCAAGUCCUGUGCCCCAGGGGCAGGUGUCUAGCCCUUUGUGGUUCCAGUGUCUCUGGCUUAUUGUGGACCAUGGAGUCCAGCUUUCACUGCACCAAGCAAACGAUGAGUCACUUCCAGCAGAGUGUGAUCUGAAACAACAGAGUUCUCAUCAGGAUCUGUGUGCACAAAGCCACCCCAAUCCAGUUGGCUAUCACCCUAGACUCUAUUCCCACCCACAUUCCCAGGACUCAUGAAGGUGUCAGUCAGGGUAGCAUGAAUCUUAAAGGGUCUUACUAAUAAAAACAA